GAAUAAUUACAGCGCCCCCUUACGGUCAUUGUCCUCCAGAGGGCUUGAAGUCAAAGUGAUCAUUGGACGCGUCAGUCCAAUACAAAUUGUAUUGACCAAUCGCGGAGAACGAACUUAAGAUUAUGCGCAGUUGCGAUUUCCGGCAAUCUCACGUUUGUUUACAAACAUGGAGAUCGAUAGCUAUCUAAGUGAAAUAGAGGAUAAAUAUAUGUUUGAAUUCAAAGAUAAACAAAGAGAGUCUAUUGAAAAUAUACUACAGAUGAACGAUACAGUUGUUAUUCUGCCAACAGGCUAUGGUAAAUAACGAAUUUACUUCCAUUUACCGGAGCUAUUUGAAAAACUGUCAGGUGAAAAAUCAACAGUGCUAGUUAUCUCACCACUUCAAGCUUUAAUGAAGGAUCAGAUAUCUAAAUUAGAACAAUUAAACAUAAGUGCAACUGUAGUAGGUGAAUGUCAACCUGAUAAAGGCGUUGUUGAGAACAUUUCUGCAGGGAAAUAUUCCAUAGUCUUUUCCUCGCCGGAGGCAGCCCUUACACCAGGAUUGUGGCGCACUAGUUUGACCAAAGGACAAUUUCAUAGUCAUAUCAAAGCAGUUGUAAUAGAUGAAGCCCAUUGCAUCACACAGUGGGGUGGAGAAUUUAGAAGACACUAUGACAGGCUUGCAAAAUUACGAUCAGUUGUGCCAGAAAAAACUCCUUUUGUUGCCCUUACAGCUACUUCAACAAAAUCCAUGCAUUCAGAAAUUUUGAAAAAAUUGCAGAUGAAUCCAAACCAGACUAAGACUAUUUCUAAAUUACCGGAACGCACCAACAUAACUUAUUCUUUGAAAAAGUCGAGCAAAAGUGUCCAUGAAUUAGAGUGGCUGUUAAAAGACUUGAAAACUAACUCUGUAAAAACAAAGAAGACUGUCAUAUACUGUAGGAGUAUUCUUUCAUGCGCAGAUUUGUUUGAGUACUUUGUAAGUGGUAUUGAACACAAUAGAGAUAUUUUGGACAAUAGACUUGUAGCAAUGUAUCAUAGGUCUACAGCAGAAACAAAUAAGAAUCAUGUGUUGAAUGAGUUCCCAAAUGAAGAUAGUUCCAUUCGAAUUGUGUUUGCAACAGUUGCAUUUGGCAUGGGAGUUGAUAUACCUGACAUUGAAAGAGUAAUUCAUUGGGGAGCACCUCGAGGACUUGAACAAUUUUCACAAGAAAGUGGUCGAGCAGGCAGGAAUGGCAAGCCUUCACAAUCUUGUAUAUAUUUCUCAAGCUUUGAUACCGCUAAAGGACGUUGUAAUGAAGGGGUGAGAAAUUUGUGCCAAACAAAGGAAUGUAUUAGACUUGAAUUAAACAGAUAUUUUGUGCUAGACAAUGAUGAGCUUCUUGAACAAGGUGACCAUGUGAACAGCACAAAACCUUCGUGUCAGUGUUGCAGUAAUUGCCGGUUAAAUUGCACUUGUGGUUGUUGUGUAAACUUUGAAUUCUUUAAUAUACACAUAUCAGCUGAAAACAAUUUUGAAUCAGAUCCAAUUGCCAGACAAUUCGAUAACCAGAAAUUAAAAAUUAUGAAGGACAAUUUCAUUGACUUUAAUGAUUACUUAUGUGAAGAAGGCCGCAACCGUCAGUUGUCGUUUGACAGCAAAUUCAUUGACUGUUUAGUAGAGAAUGUUUCUUUCAUAUUCUGUGAAGAUGAUAUCAUUUCACUUGGACUUUUAGACCAUGACCUUGCAUCAGAAAUUCUAGAAUUGAUUGAGGAAGUUGAUAUGGAGUUUUGAUAAAUUUUAAAUUGUGCAUUAUUAUGAUUUUUUUAACAUGUUUAAGUACAUGUAGUGUACUUGUAUAUUUUGUAUUAAAUUUUUGACAACA